CUACGUUGCCGUAGCCUCAUCUAUCGGACAGCAACGGAUCAAUCUAGUCGAAAAAAAAACACACACACACACAAUCCCACAGUGUCGCUGCGCCGUUUAUUCAUCCUCACACCAUGUCGAACCCCGAUACGCCCAUGUCCGGCACCGAUUCCCCGGACCCCGGACAAGGAUCCUCGCAGCCGUCGACGCCGAUGACGGACGCAGACCAGAACAAGAUGGAUACCGUGGAGGAUAUUGAGGGCAUGGAUGGGAAGGCGAAGGCGCUUAUGCAUCUGCUGAAUACCAGUGAGGUGGGUCGGUCCGGUCCCGAGUCCGGGUGGCGAAGAGCAGUCGCUGACGAUGGGGUUCGCAUGGACAGGUUUUCGUGGCCAUCAUGGCGGACAAGAUGAAGAAACAGCAGGAGGAGGCGAGGCUUGAGGCGGCGAAACAGCAACAGCUGAAGAAAGAGACACCGCCGGUACCCAAGCCGAGGACUGCUAGCGAGCCCGGGAGGCGGCAGACGCGCACGAGUGCAAGGCAAUCGAUGGGUAAACCCGCGGAGGAGCCUCCGGAGCAUUCAAAGAGUGAGGAUGCAAAGCCCAAGAGGGGCCGGGGGAGGAAGCCUGCAGCUGCUCUGAAGCCGAAUACCAUCUCGAGCUAUUUCAAAAAGGCGGAUGUGAGUGCGGACGAAGACAAACCCACGGUUCAGGAAGCGUUGGAGCAUGCGGCGGAUGAGUACGAGGCGAACCCGACUGCGCUGGGAGGGCAGGAGCUGGUGGCUACGCAGCAACCUGCACUGGUGACUGGGGGGAAGAUGAAGGAGUACCAGCUGGAGGGAUUGGAGUGGCUCAAGUCGCUUUGGAUGAACGGACUGUGCGGCAUUUUGGCGGACGAGAUGGGUCUUGGGAAAACUAUUCAGGCUAUAUCCCUGAUUGCCUUCUUCAAGGAGAAGAAUGUCUCCGGUCCGUUUUUGAUCGCCGCCCCGUUGAGCACCGUGAGCAACUGGGUAGAUGAGUUCGCAAAAUGGACCCCCGAGAUCAAGACGGUCUUGUACCAUGGAUCGAAGGAUGAGCGUGCAGCGAUCAGGGGGGAGUUUAUGAAUAUCAAGGACCAGAAGAGCAACGACUUCCCUAUCGUUUGCACCUCGUAUGAGAUUUGCAUGAAUGACCGCAAGUUCCUUGCCCAGUACCAGUGGCGGUAUAUCAUUGUGGAUGAAGGACAUCGCUUGAAGAACAUGAACUGCAAGCUGAUCAAAGAGCUUCUGAGCUACAACUCGGCCAACAGACUCCUCAUCACCGGCACCCCGUUGCAGAACAACAUAACCGAACUCUGGUCGCUGCUACACUUUUUGCUGCCUGAGAUCUUCAAUGACCUCAACAGCUUCCAAGGCUGGUUCGACUUUUCCUCGAUGCUGGACAAUAAUAGCAAGGCGGAUGUCAUGGAGCGUCGAAAGCGGUCUCUCGUGUCCACGAUGCACUCAAUCCUGAAGCCUUUCCUCCUCAGACGUGUCAAGACGGACGUCGAAACAUCACUCCCUCAGAAACGGGAAUACAUUCUGUAUGCACCUUUGGCGGCAGAGCAGAAGGACCUCUACCGCGAGAUCCUCAACGGCACGGGUCGUCGGUAUCUCGAGGAAAAGGCCACGGAACGACUGUUGGCUAAGAGUGGAAGACUCUCGCGAUCCCAGAGCCUGAAACGCAGUGCGGAAACCAGCGAAGCUUCGUCUCCGAACAAGAGUCUCAAGUCCAGUCGCUCUUCCACCCCGGCCAGCGCAACAUUGCCUACGACUCGCAGACGCGGCAAGGCGCCCGCCACCUACAAGGAACUGAGCGAUCGCGAGUUCAACACGAAACUGCGCAAACUUGAACAAGGCAUGGAGGAUGACCUGGACAUUGCCGAGCCCAGCGAGACGGAACAGGAGGAGCAGGAAAGAGCCCAGACCAUCAAACUUGCGAAGAGAGAAAUCGCCCAAAAGAAAAUGCAAAACCCCAUCAUGCAAGCCCGACUAGCCUGCAACUCGCCCCACAACUUCUACUGGCCCUGGAUGGAGGACCCGACCGCCAUCGACGAAUCCCUCGUCACCGCGUCCGGGAAGAUGCUCCUCCUCGACCGCCUGGUCUCCUGCCUUCUCUCCAAAGGCCACAAGAUCCUCAUCUUCUCGCAGUUCAAAACCCAGCUCGACAUCCUCCAAGACUGGGCCACGCUCCUCCGCUCCUGGAACUGCUGCCGGAUCGACGGCGCCGUCAGCCAAGACGACCGCCGCGCGCAGAUCAAAUCCUUCAACACCGACCCCAACUACAAGCUGUUCCUCCUGAGCACCCGUGCGGGCGGCCAGGGAAUUAACCUCACGGCCGCCGACACCGUCAUCCUCUUCGACUCCGACUGGAACCCGCAGCAGGAUCUCCAGGCCCAGGACCGCGCCCACCGCAUCGGCCAGACCAAGCCCGUCAUCGUCUACCGCCUCGCAACAAAGGGUACCGUCGAACAGACCCUCCUCGAGAAAGCCGACUCCAAGCGUCGUCUCGAGAGACUCGUCAUCCAGAAGGGCAAGUUCCGGAGUCUCCUGCACUCGGACCUCAGUCUGAGCGAUGUCGACGAUCUGAAGAAAGCCCUCGGGCAGGACGAAUAUGAGAGCUUCGAGACCGGCGCGGAUCCCUCCGCACUUCUGUCAAAGAAGGAUCUCGAUAUCUUGACUGAUCGGAGUGAGGAGGCGUACGCUCGCGCCGAAAAGGGUCUGGAUACGAACGGUCGGGCUUUCAUGGCCGUCGAGACGAAGAGAAAUGGGGAUGGCCUGAUGGCGCAGAUUACGGGGAAGUGAUUUCUGAUUCUGGUUCUCAUUCUUCCUUUCUUUUUUUUUUCCCUGGCAUGGUUGGUUGGUUGUCAAUAGCGUUCUGGCGAUUUCAUCCCACCCCAUCCCACUACCGUGCGGAUAUGGGGGUGGGGGGCGCCAGAGAAGCGGUAUCUAAGGUUUAGCUUAUGAGGAGUUCUGAUUAUAUUUACUGUACAUUAAAUAGAUGGGGGGUGUCCUGGAGAGAAGGACGGGAGGGAAGGAGGGAAGGAGGGAGGGAUGCUGGUGGUAAUGGGACAGGGAGUCCGAAUGAAGGUU